GCUGAUCGCCCAGUCAGUUGCGGAGGCGACGCGCGUCGCUCGCUGAGGGGCCGGAGCCGCGGAGAAGCCGCAGGUCCCGCUGGGCGCCCGCUUCCCUUCCCCUGCACCCCGGCAUGGCGGCUAGUGAUUCUGAGCGAGAGGCAAAUCCCCCAGAGAAAUUCUCUCCCGAGAGAGAAAAGAAGAAGGAACGAUCAGAUGCAUCCAGUUCACCUAGAACGUCAAAACACCAUUAUUCAAGGUCACGUUCCCGAUCAAGAGAAAGAAAACGAAAAUCCGAUAAUGACGGGAAAAAAUACAGAAGUCGCAGCAGAAGCAAAGAGGCACGAAGACAUGGGUCCAAGGAGAAGUCCUCCAAGAAGCACAGGCCUGAGGACCACAACGACAAAGAGCACCCUUCAGAUAAAGGGAGAGAGAGCCUGAACUCUUCGGAGAAUGGCGAGGAGCGGCACAAGCGCAAGGAGAGGAAGUCCUCCAGAGGACGUAGCCACUCACGGUCUCGAUCUCGGGAAAGGCGACACCGUAGUCGAAGCCGAGAUAGAAAAAAGUCCCGCUCCCGCAGUCGGGAUAAAAAGCGGCGCCUGAGAUCCAGAUCUCGAUCCAGAUCCAAACACAGGCAUAGAAGUCGCAGCAGAAGCCGAACCAGGAGCCGGAGCAGGGAGAGAAAGAAGAGACCUGAAAAACCACGAAAGUUCAGCCGAACUCCCAGCCGAACACCCAGCCCCCCACCUUUCAGGGGGCGAAACACGGCGAUGGAUGCUCAGGAAGCCUUGGCUAGACGGUUGGAAAGAGCAAAAAAAUUGCAAGAACAGAGAGAAAAAGAACUGGUUGAAAAGCAGAAGCAACAGGAAAUUGUUGCCGCGGCAGCUGCCACCGGCGGGUCAGUCAUCAACGUCGCAGCUCUCCUGGCCUCCGGGACGCAGGUCACUCCCCAAAUAGCCAUGGCAGCUCAGAUGGCAGCCCUGCAAGCCAAGGCUCUGGCCGAGACGGGAAUAGCCGUUCCCAGCUACUAUAACCCAGCAGCAGUGAACCCCAUGAAGUUCGCCGAGCAGGAAAAGAAGAGGAAAAUGCUUUGGCAGGGCAAGAAAGAAGGGGAUAAAUCACAGUCUGCGGAAAUCUGGGAGAAACUGAAUUUCGGAAACAAGGACCAAAAUGUCAAGUUUAGAAAGUUGAUGGGCAUUAAGAGUGAGGAGGAAGCUGGGGCUAGCAGCUCGGUGGACGAGGAGAGUUAUAAGACUUUGAAACAGCAAGAAGAAGUCUUCCGCAAUCUGGACGCACAGUACGAAAUGGCCAGGUCACAAACACACACCCAAAGAGGAAUGGGAUUGGGCUUUACGUCUUCGAUGCGAGGAAUGGAUGCCGUUUGAGGAAACGCCUUUGGACAGCUUGAGACUCCUCUGACCGAGAUUCUUGUUGAGAUGUUGGCUCCACGUUCACCGAAAGCUGGCAUCCUAGCUUGCAUGGGUGUUAACAUUGACUUUAAUUUAUUGACAUUACAAAUUUUUUGUAAAUACCAGAUCAGUGAUAACUGGUGUUCCAUGUUGUAAUCAGGUUAUACUCACUUCCAUUAUACACGGCAGAGCUCUAGAAGGACGCUUCUACUUCUGUGGUUUUCAAACAGAACAGCCGAGGGUGAACUCACCACAUGGAUAUUUUGUGUCCACCGUCUCUUGUGUACUUUUUGUACUUUAAACUUGUACAGUUAUUUUCAACUCUUGGAACAUGAAACACAUUGUAUUGGUGUUAAAAACUAGCAGAUCGGGCCAAUGGGUACGUAAAUGCAGUGCAACAACCUGGUUAAUAAAACUUUUUUUUCUCAAGUAAUACUGUA